CUGCCAAGGGCACGCAAUAUCUCAUCCUUACAAACAUCUUCACCCGAACUCUACGCCAGAACCACCAGGAAUAUAUCUUUGCCACCCCAGGUGCAUCAAGCAAGCAUUAAACAAGCCUUUUGUAUAGUGACUCGCUUGCGUCUGUCUGGCAAACUAAAUGAAUUAUCUCUCGUCACGCGAUAGGUGCCUCCGAGGCAAAUUCUUUACAAACAAUCUUGCUUAAAGCUUGAUGUUUAUAGGACAAGGCUUGCCUCUAUAAGGGCCAAUAUCAUGGAAAGUUUACGUUGCCUAAUCGAUUUUCUCACCAAAAAUGGAAGAUACGUCAUGAUUGUCUAAGUCAACUUCAACAAAGCGUAUGAGAGAGCAUUUUCAAUUUAGUAGAGCUGUGCUCGUUAAAGCUUGUCAAGUGGUUGGGUCUUCUCAACUAGUGCUUCAUCUAAUAAAUCAAAGAUCCUCUCUGAAGCUCAGGAGUAUUCAUUAUGGAUGGUUAUCUUGGAGGUCAGGGUAAAGUAAAUCAAUUAGGAGGAGUCUUCAUCAAUGGUAGACCUCUUCCAAAGAUGUUACGAGUCAGGAUAAUCGAGCUUGCACAACUGGGUGUCCGUCCCUCGGACAUCAGCAGGAAGCUCAGAGUAUCUCAUGGCUGCGUCAGUAAAAUUCUUUGUCGUUAUCAAGAGACGGGCUCCAUUGAACCAGGUGCUUCUUCAAGUCCUAGCAAGCCAAGAGAUGUGACUCCAGACAUCGGGCGAAAGAUUGAAGAAUACUGCAUUGAGAAUCCUGGAAUGUUCUCCUGCGAGGUUCGUGAAAGGCUUAUUCGGGAAGGUGUCUGCAACAGGUUAACGGUUCCAUCACUUGGAGACAUCAGUCAGGUACUGAAAUCGAGGAUUGCUAGAAAGGAUAAAGAAGUGUCGAGUGAUGCUGGGAGUAGGGACAGAAGAGAAAGCUCAUCUUCAAGUAGCAGUGAUGAAAAAGAAGAAAUUGCAACAAGCGACAGCAGCCGAAAAAGUUCAAGUUCAUCUUUUGAAAGCUCGUACUCCAUCUACAACAUUCUGAGCCUACCGCAAAACAAACACCAGGAUUCUGACGUGAAAAUCAAAGCUGAAGACUCUGAAUCCGAGUCUCCACCGCCUCCCAAGACCCCGUCUUCAAACGACUUCAGCCCAUCACUUUAUGACAAAGACUUCUUGUUAUCUCGCAAGCAGCGGAGAAGCCGAACUAAGUUCACCUCUGCACAGGUUGGGGAACUGGAGAAAGCAUUCCUGAAAACACAGUACCCGGAUGUGUACACGCGGGAAGAACUCGCGCACAGACUGAACUUGACUGAAGCAAGAGUCCAGGUCUGGUUUUCAAAUCGCCGAGCCCGCGUGCGCAAACACGAAGUGACAGUUGACCAAGUCCAGAAGAAGAAAGCCUGCGGCGAGGGUAUGUGCACAUGCCACCAACAAUUCAUCCCCCCUCCAAUGACGUACGUACAUUACGUACCAGUGGACAGAAACUACUACCACACACCUGUGUACUAGAAUGCUUACCAUGGCAACGUAAUUGAAAUUGAAGGGAUGACGUUACCAUGGCAACUGAAUAUUAACGGUUCGACAAACUUUCUCGCUGUGCGAGAAUUGUUCUUGCUACAAUUAUUUUACAGAUACAUAUAUAUCUUACUCAUCUAAUGAAUGAAAUUUCGUCUUAAGAAUAUAUAUCCAAGACCACAAGCAGUAUGCGCAGCUAAGUGUCCUUCGGUAGCAACAGAAAAUCCCACUGCAUUGAGAAUUAAAUUAGACAAAUUGUGCAAGAAAUUAAUAAAAUAUUUAUGCACGGAAAUGUUUUAAUAAUAUUAGAGAUAGAUAAGUAUUCAUAUAUUUUCUAAAAUUAGUGGUCACACUUUAAUACUGCUUUAGUGAGCGUUCGUUAUUUAGGGCAAGGAGGAGGCAGGCGAUUUUGAGAAGACAAGGGAUAUAUAAAGGUUAGGAAAUAUUUCCUUUUAAAAAACAAAAAGUUAAGUAUCCCUUAUCCUACCCCUCAGAAAAUAAUGAACGCUUUCUAAAUGAAUUUUUUAAAUGGCGUUUUAGUCAUGUAAUUUAGAUGCUUGUAGUUUGAUAAAUAUUAGCGAUAAAUAUUCAUAUAUUAUUUACGAUCAAUACAUAUUUUAUCGAGACAAAUUGUCUUAUAUUUGCACUUUUAAAAUGACGUUUUAGUUAUAUGACAUUUAUUAUUAGAUCACUACAAUUUAAUAACUAUUAGAGAUAAAUAACUGAUUGAUAUUUUUGUUAUUAUUUACAAUCAAUGCACACUAUGUAGUUCUUGAUUUCCUUUUACGAAGUUUAAAGGAAGACUGGUAACGAGUUUUCGUCUCGCAUGGCAUUGUGGGGCUUUAUUGAUUAAAGCGAAGAAAAGAUGCCGCCAUCUUUUGUCUCUGAAAUUAGCCCUAAGAUUCGCGUCUGGAUGGGCUCUUUGCCAGUUUUUCGUUGUCUUCCGUUAGGAAAGCUUGUACUUAUUUAUAGCGCUUUAGUCAUGAAAUGAUUUACUCUAUUCUAUUCUAUUAUUUCAUUUUCUGGAAUUUGAACUGAAUUUGUAACUCGACGAAUACCUGUGUCUAGAAAAAUUUAAAAUAAAUUCAGAUUUUUGAUAUAGAUAUAAAGUAAGAUUUUUUAAAAUUUAGAAAUGAAGAAUGUUCGUAAAUUUUUGUAACAAGGAACCAUGUUAGAGGGCUUUUAUAAUCUCCAUCAUGGCUGCUAUCAUGAAAGCUAGAAUUUCCGAAUAUAAAGUAGUUCGCUAAAUAUUCUUUGAAUAUACGAUUCAAUGAUACUAUUUUGUGGUUUUACGAGUUAUAGGUAUUAAUUUAAAGCAAAACACACUAAAGCUCAAAUAAGUAGAAUGGCCAUACCACAGGCAACCCACUGUAUGAAAUUAAAAUGUAUGCAAAUCAACGAUGAAUCGAGCUUACCAUAGACGCAUUUAAAAAAAAAACAAUAGCUUUCUCAAUAAAAAUGUUACUAUUUCUAUUGAUAUUCAUUAUUUGAGAAAAAGGUUUUGGAAAUAAAAUCUCGUAUGUAAAA